AGUAAAGCAAAGUGCUCAUGUUGGUUCCUGCUCUUCACAGGUCCAGUCCAGGUCCCCUUGUUGAGCAGUCUGUCUCUUUCCUCCCAGGCUUCUUUCAUUGUAUUCUAAAUGUCAUUUUUCCAAAGCAGAUACUAUUCUUUGUCUUCCAUAUUUGUUCAUGCUUUAGUCCACUUGUUCAGUCAUAAAAUUGUAUAGCUUGGUGGCUUUAAGCAAACAUUAGUGAUUAUUUCAUGGCACAGUUGUGUGAGUGAAGCCCUGGGACAAAGAUCCAGGAGUUGCUGAUUCAUGAUGUGUGUGCUGUGUAUUGAAAGCACUGUGUUAUGUAAUCGGUAAAUGGGCGAUUUUCCAAUGGAGGGCCACUAUGUGUUAGUUCCUGACCGGAAAUACAGUUCUUCUUUGCCCAUCAUUUUGACUUCCCACCAAUGUCCGGCUAGUCUUCAGUUUAGUCUGACUCUCUGAAAAGAUAUCUCUGAGGGAUAUUGACAGGAGAUGCAAGAGUUCUUUACAUCUACUCUGUCCAUUCUGUUGUUCUAGGCUUGCCUCUAGGACAGUCCACCAUUCAAUUGGAGUACAGAUUUCCACCUCACAAUGACAGUAAGAAUGUGUAACAAUUUUAAACGGAUGACAGUGUGCCCCUCUUAAGCUAUGCAUUAGAAUUUCUUCAUUAUAGAAAUGAAUUUUGCCAGUCUGAAAUGCUUGCUGUUAAUUUUAUUGGGUAAAAUCCCUCCUAAAUGAUACCUUGUUUACAGGCACACUGCCCUCCACCCACAGCUUCUCACCGAAGACUGGCCCAGGACAGCAGACACUUCCCCAUGUAGAAUGGUGCUAUGCUGUGCUGGGCAAUGUGGGGAGUGGUCCUUACCGCUGACUCUGCUUUGGGGGCUCCUCAAGUUCUCUCAGGGGUUAAUGUUUCCUGGGCUCUGGCCCUGCUCCACUCUCGUAAUUCCCCCAUUCUUGGUGACCCCCUAGUUCUGCAGCCUCACCUUUCCUAAUGCUGUGACCCUUUAAUAAGUUCCUCUUAUUGUGGUGACCCCAAACCAUAAAAUUAUUUUCCUUGCUGCUUCAUAACUGUAAUUUUGCUAAGGUUAUUUACUGUAAUGUAAAUACUUUGGAGAUGAAGGUUUGUCAAAGGAGUCAUGACCCCCAUGUUGAGAACCAGUGCCCUAGUUAAAACAGAGUGGGAUCUGAUUUUCUUUUAUUUACUUCUAAAAGUAGCAACAUUCUAUACUAGCUACAACGAAGCUUCCAAAAUAAUUCAAUUUCUUUUCCCUUGAGAAGGUGCUGGGUGUUCUUUUCACCAAAUUGCUUCAUUCUGCCUGUUUCUCGAAUAUCUGCAGGCCUCCUCAUUGCUGCUCAACUCUGCACUUUCUUUUUAAAAAAAUUUCUAUUGUCAUUCCUUAUGGAGGCUACAUUUCAGUUGUCCCUAAAGUCUUGUGAUGAUAAGGUACUCUCUCCUCCCGAUGGUGAAAAUAUAAUGCUCUUGAGACACAAGAGCCAGGGGAUUGGAGCUGGAUCUGACCUGAAUGUCUUCUGCCUAAAGGAAAUGCUGUCCUUCUGGGAUGUGGCCAUUGAGUUCUCUGCAGAAGAGAGGGAAUGCCUGGAGCCUGCUCAGUGGAAUUUGUACAGGGAUGUGAUGUUGGAGAAUUACAGCAACCUUGAUUUCCUUGGUCUUGCUGAGUCUAAGCCACACCUGGUGACACUUCUGGAGCAAAGACAAGACUCUUCAGAUGUGACGAGACAAACAGCAGCCAACAUGCAGCCAGGAACAACAACCGAUGAUUAUAACAUUUACAACAAGGCCAUUGAUUGUAACUCACUGCAUAUUCAACACCAGAGAAUUCAUACAAAAGAGAAACCCUACAAGUGUAAAGAAUGUGGUAAGGCCCUUAGUUCUCAUAAAACACUUUCCAUACACCAGAGACUUCAUACUGGAGAAAAACCCUAUAAGUGUAAAGAAUGCCAUAAGGCCUUCAGUACUCGCUCGUCACUUUUUAUACACCAGAAAAACCAUACUGAUGAAAAAACUUACAAGUGUGAAGAAUGUGGCAAAUUAUUUUACUAUCCUUCAAUGCUGAAGCAACAUCAAAGAAUUCAUUCUGGAGAAAAACCCUACAAGUGUGAAGAGUGUGGCAGAGCUUUUUAUGAACCAUCAUUCCUUCAGGUGCAUCAGCGAAUUCAUACAGCAGAGAAGAAACACUACAAGUGUGAAGAAUGUGGCAAAUGUUUUUCCUCACUUUUGUACCUUAAACAACAUCAAGCAGUUCACUCCAAAGACAGUCCCUACAAGUGUGAAGAGUGUGGCAAGAGUUUUUCCCAUUCUGCAAAGCUUCAGGAACAUCAUACAAUUCAUAGUGCAGAGAGACCAUACAGGUGUGAAGAAUGUCACAAAGCCUUUCGUUAUCACUCUGGCCUUGAGAACCACAAGGCAGUUCAUACUGGAGAGAAACUUUACAAGUGUAAACUGAGUGGAAAAGAAGUUACUAAGACUGCUUUCCUCAUUGAGGACAAGGCAGCUCAUCUUGCAGAGAAAGCCUACAAGUGUGAAGAGUGUGGCAAGUGCUUUUGCUCAUCUUCAUCGCUUAAACGACAUCAAACAAUCCAUUCUGAAGACAAUCCCUGCAAAUGUGAAGAGUGUGGCAAAAGGUUUUCCUCCUUUGCACACCUUCAAGAGCAUCAGACAGUUCACACUGGAGAGAAAGCCUACAAGUGUAAAGAGUGUGGCAAAUGUUUUUGCUCAUCUUCAUCCCUUAUACGACAUCAACCAAUCCAUUCUGAAGACAAUCCCUACAAGUGUGCAGAGUGUGGUAAAAUGUUGUCCUGUUUUACAAACCUUCAAGAACAUCAGACAAUUCAUACUGGAGAGAAAUCAUACAAGUGUGAAAAAUGUGGCAAAUGUUUUUAUUUAUCUUCAUCCCUUCGGCGCCAUCAAACAAUUCACUCUGAAGACAAUCCCUACAAGUGUGAAGAGUGUGGCAGAUGUUUUUAUUCAUCUUUAUCCCUUAGAGGACAUCAGACAAUUCAUUCUGAAGACAAUCCUUAUACCUGUGUAGAAUGUGGCAAACGGUUUUCCUAUUCUAGGAGUUUUCGGGAACAUCAAACAAUUCACACUGGAGAGAAACCCUACAAGUGUGAAGAAUGUCACAAAGCCUUUCAUUAUCUCUCAUCCCUUAGGAAACACAAGAAAGUUCAUACUGGGCAGAAACUCUUCAAAUGUGAAGACUGUGACAGAUGUUUUUCCUCUUCUUCAACCCUUAGACGACAUAAAAAAAAGACCAAAAUUCAUUCUGAAGGCAAUUCUUAAAAGUGUGGGGAAUGUGGCAUAGACUUUGUUAAUCAUUAUAGAUCCUUACUCAACACAUGAUAAUUCAUAUGGGAGAGAAAUCCUACAAAUGUCUUAAAAAGUUUAUUUCUUCAACUCUUAAAACACAUCAAAAGAUUCAUUCUGACUACAAACUCCAUAAGUGUGUGAAGUGUGGUAAAGUCUUUGCUAAGAAUUCAGGUCUUAUCUGCUCUAAUGUAUCCAUAGAAGAGAAUAUUAAGUUAAUUAUUUUGGAAUGUCAACACAAACAUCUAACUAUCAAGAGCACUAAGCACGUCAUCGGAGAAGAGUAGAGACUUCUCUUUGCUGUAACCAACAAACUUGCCUUGAUUAAUGGGUCUUUUUCUUCUGUAACUAUAAAUGUUCCAUGAAACCUUUACCAUGUCCUAACUUUGGCCACUUGGUGCCUGGAAUCUGAGAUCUGGGCUGUGUCAUAGUUACUCUUGUUUUUCCCAGUGGAGUCAUCCAAGCUCCUGUAAUAUCUCCCCUAGGUGUGUAAGAAUCUCUGUCUCUCUGAGCUAGCAGGUUGUCAUGCAGUAUCUGGCUCCUGAAUCCUUAUUGGUAAAAUAAAAGGAUAGAGAGUUAGUUAAAAGUACAUGCAGGCUUUUCUGGUCUAAGGCAGCAGCUGCAGAGACGCAGUCAUCAGCUGAGGCAGAGAUGGCAUCAGGUGCAGCUGCUGUGCCUCAUAAAAAACAGCAGUGCCCAUAGAGCAAUAAUGACAGGGAAGUUAUGAGAGGAACCAAUCUCUUUCUGAUUGGAUUUGAAGCUCAUUCCACAAACGGAAGCUAAUGUGACAUUAAAUUGGUGAUACACUUUUGCCUGGGUGAUAUGUGCUAGUGAGAAUUUACUGCUGUUAUUCUAAUAAGUGGAUACUAACUACAUCAACCCAAGUUCUCAUCUUUCUACCAACAGAGUGAGGCACCUCUCAACACCCACCAGAAAAUUUAAUUGUGUUGUCGAUGGAGAAUAAUACGCAGACACAAAUUGGUUCAAGUGUAGAGAACAUUAGGCUGUGCAGGGCCCUAAUCUAAAAGUGACACCUGUGUCACACAUUGUAAAAGAGGUCCCUUACGAACAUCUAAAGCCAAAAGUCAUGGGUUUCCGAGAGAGAAGAGGCAGAAAGAAUGUCAGAGCCAGAUGUAGUAGGUGUCUCCACUAAGAUAGUAGAAGUGUUGAAACAUCUGUAGAACAGUGAAACAUUGCUAGAAAUGUCACUACCAUUUCAUGCAUGAACACACUGUGGCACCAGGUGGUGGUGCACGCCUUUAAUCCCAGCACUUGGGAGGCAGAGGCAGGUGGAUUUUUAUGAGUUCCA